CAGGCCUUGAGGUCAGGAGGUGUUGGAGGCUUGUUUGCUGGUGGCCACGUGUUGACACCAUGGCGCUGAGGCUCCCGGGAACAGGGGUGCUCUCUCUCAUUAGCCUUGGAGUCCUGGUCCUGGUUCUGGCUCUUCCUGCUGAUGCUGGGCUUUCUCAGAAGCAUGUUUCAGACGUUGUCGAUGACAGCAAAGAUAACAUCACCAUUUUCACCCGCAUCCUGGACAGGCUGUUGGAUGGAUACGAUAACCGCCUGAGACCUGGACUUGGAGACAGCGUAACUGAAGUCAAGACAGACAUUUACGUGACGAGUUUUGGCCCUGUCUCGGACACAGAUAUGGAAUACACCAUUGAUGUCUUUUUCCGGCAAUCCUGGAGAGAUGAAAGGCUGAAGUUUGAUGGUCCCAUGAAAAUACUUCCCCUGAACAACCUGCUGGCCAGUAAGAUCUGGACCCCUGAUACCUUCUUCCACAACGGGAAGAAAUCUGUCGCCCACAACAUGACAACACCCAACAAGCUGCUGCGCCUGGUGGACAAUGGCACCCUCCUGUACACCAUGAGGCUAACGAUUCAUGCAGAGUGCCCUAUGCACCUGGAGGACUUCCCAAUGGAUGUGCACGCUUGCCCGCUGAAAUUCGGGAGCUAUGCCUACACAAAGACAGAGGUGAUCUACACCUGGACACUGGGGAAGGAUAAAUCAGUGGAAGUAGCGAAGGGUGGAUCUCGCCUGAACCAGUAUGACCUGCUGGGCCAUGUUGUUGGGACAGAGAUGGUUCGAUCCAGCACAGGAGAGUAUGUCGUCAUGACCACACACUUCCACCUCAAGAGGAAGAUUGGGUACUUUGUCAUCCAGACCUACCUACCCUGCAUCAUGACGGUCAUCCUGUCCCAGGUCUCCUUCUGGCUUAACAGGGAGUCCGUUCCUGCCCGAACAGUUUUUGGUGUCACCACAGUCCUCACCAUGACCACACUAAGCAUCAGCGCAAGAAACUCGUUACCUAAAGUGGCGUACGCGACGGCCAUGGACUGGUUCAUAGCCGUUUGUUAUGCCUUUGUGUUUUCUGCGCUGAUCGAAUUUGCCACCGUCAACUACUUCACCAAGCGCAGCUGGGCUUGGGAUGGCAAGAAGGUGCUGGAGGCCCAAGAGAUGAAGAAAAAAGAGCCAGUGGCACUAGCGAAGAAAACCAACAACACCUACAACAUUGUUGGCACCACGUAUGCCCUCAACAUUGCCAAGGACCCUGGCCUGCCCACCAUCUCCAAGAGUGCUGCUGCCACUGCUACUGCCACCAACGUACCCCCCAAGAUGCCCCGCAUAGAGGAGAAGCUCCCAGAGAGUAAGAAGACAUACAACAGCGUCAGCAAGGUAGACAAGAUGUCCCGCAUCGUCUUUCCAGUCCUCUUUGCCAUUUUCAAUUUGGUCUACUGGGCCACAUACGUAAACCGGGAGUCAGCUAUCAAGGGAAUGAUCCCCAAACAAUAAAACCGGUCACACAAACCUUCCAUCAGUGAGCACCAUCCAGGCAGGAAUUCUCCAGGGCUUUGUUCUUUCCUGUUUUGUUUAAUUAUUAUUGUUCAUUUGAUAUUAUUAUUAUUAUUACUAUUAGGUUGUUCUUUUAUAAUGUAAACAAAGCUGUGAUUUUAAUUUAAUCCCAUAUACUUCAGUUUCUUUUUACUUUGCCUCUGAUGAUGAAAGGAAAAAGAAAAAAUGAUCAUAACAAGUUGUGCCUCUAACAUCGUGAGUCUGAUGUCCACCACCUGUCCAAGUCACCCUGUGCUUCCAUCUCUCCUCCUCCACCUUCUGCCUUUCCCAUGGUCUGCAUGCCACUGCCAUUCCAUGCUCCGCUCUGCUGGGGGCUGCUGCUGCAGUCCAUCCUCCUCCUCCUCUUCUGCAAUGGGCUGCCCUAGCAUGGUGGAUGCUCCUGGUGGCCUGGGCUCAAGGAUGUGGAGGUCUCCAGAGUCAGUCAGCCAGCCAGGCUGCUCUUCAGUGCCUGGUGUUGUGUGCUAGGUGGUACCCUGGGGCUGUGGAUGAAGGUGAGCUGGUUUGUUGAGGGAGCAGAUGGCUUGUAGCCCAGUGCCUGCUGGGGGUGAACCCACCACUGCUGUGGUUAGCUGAGCCAUUGCAGGGGUGGAACAGGGCGGCAGCAUCUUGUACGUAUCUACAGGGCUUCUUCCUUUCUGUCUUCACCUAACCCAGCUGCUGGUUUCCUCCAUGUCUCUCCCCAAGAAGAGGUGAGAAAGGUCUUGUCUGUCUGCCGGCUGCACUCUUGGGGCAAUUAAUGUUAGAGGGUGGGGUGGUUCCUAACAGAGAAAUAAUUUUUCUCAGGGUCAGUCAGGAAGUCAAGACAGGAGUUUUAUCAUGCCUUUGAGGAGAAUAGCAGCUGUAAGACCACAUGCAUUCAACACCAGGACUGGAAGCCAUAGAGUUGGUGUUCAGAUGGGUGGUUUAUCGCUUUCUCUUAGCCCCAUCCAUUUGUCCUUCUCUGUCCCAGCUCCUUCUUCCAGCUCUGCAUUCGUCUUGCUUUGGCUACUCAGCAGCCCCCAGUACUAUUCCAACUGCUGAUGGGUGGGAUUUAGGCAGAGAAGCCCUUGCCUCUCAGGUGAGACACACUGAUGGGGAGGAGCACAGCCCGGGGGAGUCCAGCUCAUGGCACAUCCUGCUCUGGUGCACCAGAGCAGCAGGGAUGUUGGCGCAGGCUGUUUUCUGUGGGACACACCAGGAGCCGCUCUGCCACCUGUGGGGGUGGGUCAGGGGACAGUUGGUCCCCAGGUACCUCCCUGCCCCUGCCGAACAGAUGCAGCUGAGCAUCUUCAGCACCAUGAGAGAACAGCAGAAAGGGCUCUUUGAAACAGCAAGGUGAUACCACUGUCCCAGAGAGCCAUGUGAACCAGGUGCCGUCCCACAAAGCCAUUGAGAUAAGACCAAACUCCUGCAUGCUCUUCCAAAGAAAGCCCUCUAGUGCCUUGGAGAGAGGCGCUUUCUCCCUUCCCGGCCACCACAGUAAAAAACCCAAACCAGUGGCUGUCCCCAUACCAGAAGCAGUACAAGAUGGUGGCAUCCAAGCCAUCUGUCCCCUCUUCCCGGUGCCUGAGCCCAUGGACACCCUGUCCUGCUACAAGGAAGGACAUCCUGUGCCUGGUGAGUUCUUGUCCCCAGCCUGUGGGCAGCAGGGAUCCUGCCAGCAGCCCUGCUCCCAGGGCAGGAUGUACCCCCUCUUUCCUGACCCUCCCUCUGACCCUCCGACUGCCCCCGCCCCGAGCUGCCCCCAGCAUGUUUCGGGUACGUGCAGCCAAGCUGAUGCCCCAGCAUCCCCAAGGUGAUGUCUUCAGCGUUGCUUUGAGCCACUGUGCCGAGCUCAGUUCCCUCAUCCCUCCCCGUGCAGGAUCGGGGCUGAGCACAAGGCACAGGAUUUGCCCCACCUGGAAUAUCCAUGGGGACGGCAGGACGGAGCGGUGAAGGCCAGGGCAGUUUGUCCUGCAGCGUGUGUGACAUCGGUGCGUGUCCUGCCCGUCCCUUACCAAUCUUUCUGGCUCAACAGCAGCGCAUUCACUCCCCCUGCCUACCGCUGCGGCGAGGAGAGGAGCUCGGAGACAUUUACCUCAGCUUCCAGUGCAUCCACACCAGCAGGCAGCAUCGGGCAAGGGGUGGAAACCUCCCCCCCAGCCCCAAAACGAUGCUAAGGAAACCAGCUCUCUCCCCAUCCUUCCCCUUGUCCUCGCAGCGUCCUCACCCCAUGACAUUUCUACAGUGCCUUUCAUCCCCGAGGGCUCCCCGCUGGGCAGAGAGGAGGGGAAAGCCAGGCAGCUUUCCCGCUUUGCACCCAGUAUGGGGUUGGAGGAGCAGAGGGAAGGUUCACCAUCCCCAGCCCUUCUGCUGGGCAAGGUGGGGGGGACAACAUCCUGGCUGGCUUUUGCACCUGGGGCACUCAGUUCCUCCUGGCACUGCUGCUGCAGCCACCCUGCUCCAACAGCCUGGCCACCCCAGCACUGCCCCAUGGUGGCACCGUACCCCUCCCCACCAAGACCCCCCCUCCGUGUUCCCCCCCAGCACCGUCCCCUCCAGCAGCGAGUGCCAUUGCUGCCACCCUCCUGCUCCCUGGGCUUUCCAACGGGACGUGGCCGUGAGGCUGUUUGUUUUGGAAACUACUUGGAUGUCAUUUUCUUAAAUAAGCUAGAUGAAGUGUAUCUCAUCAAACAUUCAUGUCACUAUAAUACUCAGGCCUAAGUGAAUGGAAUAGAAACCCUAUAAAAAGCAAAACAAACACAAUAAAAUGGCAACAAAGAGUAUAUUGUGUUUACUAACGGAAUUACAUCGAAGGCAAGCUUAAAUAUGGGAUCCAGUGACUUAGCUGACUCCAGCUGGCCCUGGCGCGGAGGUGGUCCCCUCUGCUAGCCUGGGCAUUCCCCAAAAUCUCCUCUAACCUGAGGGGCACAUCCUCCUGCGCAUCGCCUCGCUGCGUGUUCCUGUGUCUGUUGGUGCCUGCUUCGCAGGGCUCUCUGUAAAAUGUCAGGUCUUACUCAGCAGCCUGAGAAGAAGAGAAGACUUAGAGGUCUUCUCAGCAGCCCGAGCACCCAUAGGCGCUGCCUCCGCUGCCCACCCAGCCUCGGUGCCACAGGGUGAUGCUCAAGGUGCCGGGGCUGGACAUCUCUGUGGUGCCGGGGGCAGCAUCCGAGCCUCCUCCCUUCCUGUGGGUGAUGAGAUCUGUCUCCUCCAACCCUCGGGGUGAAUCUCCUGCCUCUCUCUUCCCCCAGCCCUUCCCUCCAUGCCACUCUGAGGCUCUUGUCACUCCCCAGGACGCAGCCCACCGAUCCGGCUUGCUGGUGACACCCGUCUGCUGGCUCGUCUUUGCUCAUCCCGACUCCAAAAAUGUUGCUCUCUGCCUGAUAAAAGGCUGCCUUCCUGGAUCUCUGUUAGCACGCCUUGAAAGCCAAGUCUAUUCCCACCAAAGCCUGGCACCGGCUCCGAGUCUUUUCGCCAGCUGGAAGCAGAAAUGCCGGCAUCCUUUGGUUAAAGACAACAAACCAAACAGGAUUUGUAGUUUGGCUUCCAAGCAGGGAAGCAUUUCGGGAAGAUAGUUAUAAAUAAGUGGUUUAACAUCUCCUGCCAGCAGACAUCACAGAAGUAGAUAAUGUUCUUUUUUUAAAAAUCUGUCAGCGGCUCAAAUUGGGACGUUUCCUUCCCAGCUAACAUGAGUCUGCUGGUGGGGGCUUCUUCUAAGGGCAGGCUGGGCCAGAACUAACCUAGCAUCAGUUACUGGGGUUUAGUCCUUGCUGUGGUGGUACCUAAGGGCUUCAUUUUUAUAAUAGGUCCUGUAUGAACCAGGUGUAUGAACCAGAACAGGUCUGUACAUGGCCACUGAUAGUCCAAUCCACAGCUGUGCACAGAGUGGGCACUUCAUUUUGCUGUGAGCCUCAGUGCUCCCAUAUUUCUUUUCUUCUGGCAAGGCCCAACGCCUCCUUGACUUGAUGAGAGUCUCCCGAGCAGGUAUUAGAAGUCUUUGAGGGUGAUAAAAAUGAUCUGUUUGGUCUGCGCUCCUGUUUUAUACCUUGCAGCACCUGGGACACACACAGCGUGGACCAAGCCUGCAGAUGCAUUCCUCCUGAAAAUGUCAGAGGGACAUUUUGGCGCUGGCAGCUUGUCUCUUCCCUCCUCUGAAACGCCACAUGGGCAAAAGCAGUGUGGCUUUUGAGAGCUCUGCACCCCAGGGGGGACAGGGGACAGUUCAGCUGAGGUCCUGCAAGCGCUGUGUUCGUGCUGUGACGUUUCUGCAAAGUGACAUGGGAGCGAUGGGGGGAGAAGUGGUCCCUGGGUGCCACCCGUUCUUCUAAAGGGCUGAUGGAGUUACCUCCAUACAACAUCUAAAAGGCUUCUUGGACAUCACCGAGCAGGUCUGUGACACCUGAGACAGAGCUUCCUGGUUCUCCUCAGUGCCCCGAGCUCAACAUAAGCAAAGCUGCCUUCGCCACUCCCUAGGUUUUACAAACAAGUGCUGUGGCCAACACAGCUCACCCCUGUCCCGAUCCCCACCAGCUCGGUGGCACUGGCAGGGUCCUAGUUCCUUUGCUGUAGGACAUCCCCUGAGCAACCAGACCCCAUGCUUGCUGUUCCCAGACACGAGCCAUGCAUGUAGACAAGGUCACGACCAGCUUGUUUCUGCAAGCUUAUCCCAUGGACACAAGGAGCAUUCAUUUCUCAUCUGCUGCCUUGAUUCCCUCUGUCCGUAUCUUGGGUUCCUUUCAGCCAUCCCUUGGGGAGGAUUAUAGGGCUGCAUCACAUACCAGGAAGGGGUUUCUCUUGCUCCAGAUCACCUCGCACAGGAAAACACUCUGUUCUACUAAGAACCUCUCUGAGACCUUCAGAAACCUGGAGCUGUUGCCUCUCCCGAAGGGUGCUGUAGAAAUGGCCUCUUUGCAGUUGCUGGAGGAACAGAGCAGUUAAACACACAUUGCUGUUAAACAAAGGACCACUGUCAAAGACAAGUGGUUACUGGGGACAGGAACAAUGCCCCCCCAGCUUGCCAGGGCAAGCCAUAAGCAAAAGAGGACCCGACAACUCCCAAUGGGGUCACUUGGGGAAUGGGUUGGCAGGGACAUGUUAGGGCCCCCCUUCCACGUACUUGGUCCUGGGGGUGGUGGAGAGCUGGCCUGGGAUUUUGGGGCUGGACCAUCACAGCAUGCAGCGUCUGGCCAGCCCUCCUUGCUCCAGGCCCUUGUCCCCUUGUCUGGGGCCACACUUUAACCCACCCCAUCAAAUAUCUCUGUGGAUUUCGCAGACUGGAGAGAAGCAACAUUUUCCUGACUCCUUGGCAUCUAUUAAGGGUGGGGAGGGCUCAGCCAGGGCGAGGGGCACAUUCAUGAAAACGUAAGUGCUCUAUUAAUGUCAAAAUAGGGAGAAAAAACCCCAAACAAUUCACCAGCCCUCUCUCCAUAUCAAGCUAAACUACUCCUGAAGGCAUUUUUGGCAAGAGGCCACAGCACAGAUGAGAUUGAUGGCUUCCAGGUAUAAAUAUUUACUGUUUGACCUUGUUAUUGUUCAGUCAGCCAAAGGUUUUUACACAUAUAUAUGCGUGUAUGCAUGUGUAUAUUUAUGCUCACAAACUCUUUAUAUCUAAAAGUCAAACCUCUUUCUCUUUGAAAGAGAAAAUGGCCACUUGCAAUUAUUUUACUUCCCUCUCGUUUUCUUUGCUAAAUCAUCUGGAAAGAGGUGCAUCCCUCUCCACUGGUGCUCAGAUGGCUUUGGGAGGCACAGGGAACAAAGGGAGCAAGGGAGAAGAGCCUCUCUCCACACUGGGGUCUCGGUGCAGGCUUGCUGCCUGGACCAUGUCCCUGCUGGCCAGGACCUUCUAGAAAACAUAGUCCCAGAUGUCACAGCUUUUUCAACAUAGCCCUUGUCCUGCCCUGGACACUAGGAUGUUUCCAAGAAGGCAGCAUGGCUUUCCAACAGCUGAAUGCCAUCAGCAAUUAGUCCUCACUGCACAGCCAAGCCACGUGUGGCUGAGCAUUGCAAAAGGGUGUGAGGUCUCCACCCCGAGCCUGCUUCAGGUGAGAACAUAAAACUUGGUGGGAUCCAUUCCAGAUGUCCCUGACCAGAGGAGCACCACAGGUAAGGGCUGUGCUUCAGCUUGGGCUCUUCUGCAAAGCAAAGGGAAGCGCUGGCUCUUGGCCAGUCCUUGCUGCUCAUCCAGGUGGGAUGUGCUGGUCCGUGGCUACGUGCUAAUUGUAGGAGGGGUCAGCAAAAGCAUAGGUCUUUGCUGCUGCUGUGUCCUGGACCUGCACCUUAUCUCACCUCAGCACAAGCAGGACCAAAGACAGAUGCUGGGCAGCUCAAGAGCGGUGGGGCCAUGGUGAGUGAGUGGUGUGCAGCCCCUAGCAGUGGUACCCAGUGUCAGCUCCCUUAAUGGCACCCCUUCAUCUCCCCCCAUCUUAGAGGAAACGUUUAGGCAGUGAUCCUGCAACUGCACUCGCAGCUCCUAUAUUCCCUCCUCUGCUGCUGGAGAAAGGCUCUCACGGUCAGCAGCAAUCGCCACCUGUGCCUUGUGGUGUCCCAGCCAUGAGAAUGAAGGAUGUCACCACCCAGAAGCAAACAAAGCCAGUUCUCUUUCUGGGUCUGUUCCUGCUUCCCACCAUGGGAAUCCUUGCUGUUUGAAACAGCAGAGAGCCUUGGGCUUGGAUUAGUCCUAACGUUUGAGCUGUCGUCCUUCACCACAAGGGGAAGCUCUUGAAGCUCUAGGACAGAAUAUGAUGUUCUAGCUACUCUUUCCUCUUCCCCACUGUCCUAGUCCAGAUCUCUUCUGUACACAGCUUUGAUGAUCCCAUCUGCCUAGAGAGGGAAGCCUGGUUCCAGGUUGCUACUUUAGCCAUGAUGAUCCCAUCAUCUUGGGAUCUCUUGGCUCUUCUCUUCAUUGUGAGAAGCAUGCUGCUGGAAGGUCUUGUCAACUUGGUAAGUCCAUUGGCUCAUGCUACGCUGGUAGCAGGACUCUCUUUCCCCUGAAAAGUCUGUUGAUUCCUCCUGUCUUUUUGCAGGGCGCCCAUCAAACGUUAUGGCUACCAUGCAUUGAACAAUUUGAUUUUUGCAACCACAAAAAAAUAGGGGUGGAGUUGGGAAACCUGAAUCAUUGCCCCAUUGCCUUUGCCAGGCCGUAUUUAGAGUUGAAGGGCUCCUCUUGGUUGUUACGAGGGAGUUUCUCAGCCUGCCGAAUCUAGUCAGGUGGCCACAAGCAUCCAUCAACUAGAUUUUCACUGUCAACUGACUUGGGGAUAGCGGCAGGUGAAAGUCCUAUCUGAAGGUGAGGGCACCUGCUGCUGCUUUAGCUGCAGCCGUGGUGCCCAGGGUAGGGAGGGUUGCAUUAGCAUCACGCUAGGGCAGCCCAUCACAGGAAAGAGCACACCACAACAAAUUGCCAGAGAAUACGCUCAUUUUCACUGCCUCAGGUUCAGUCUGUGCCCCGGUAUGUCUUCUGCUUUGUUUUCCAUCUUGUGAGACACUCUUUACUCCGCUAUGAGAAAGAAUCUAGCUGGCAGCAGUUUAAUGCAUGACAAUCCUGUUAUUACAGCUGUAAAUAAUUAACAACUAGAAAAAAAUUGCAUUUUUUUUAAUUUUUUGUUGACUUUAUUUUCUCUAUUACUAGCUGGUAGCCACUUUCUUAAGGGAUUUCUCAUGGAAACUGUGACCUUUCUUCUCUCUCUGUUUCUCUCUCUUUCUUUCUUUCUGAGAUUUGUGUCUCAAAUGCUUUUUGGUGCAAUGUUCAAUGCCUGUUUGUAUUUUUGAAUUGUAUUUUUCAACCUUUGCCGGAAAAAAAAAUAAUAAUAAUUGCCCAUUCUAAUUGGCGGGAUUUUGAGUCCUGCAAUUUUUUUCAGCUUUUAGCUUUUUCGAUAAGUUAAAGCAACGGAAAAAAUGUCUCAAAAAAUUACAGUGAAGUUCUGAAGAGAGAUUAGAGAACAUCAGAAACAAGAACCACAUGAAUAAGAUCAGCAAGCUGAGUGGAGGAGGGGGACUCUUCUAACCACCUACUAACUUCCUGAUCUAACACACAAGGCGGGACUAGACCUCUUCACUGAAUUAAAUCACUCUGCUUUUCCACUCUACCCACUCUCUCGAACUCCGAUCAAAACAAAUAAAAAUUCAUAUUUUAAAAAAAA